UCUUGUUGACUUGAUAUCCAUCUUACUUGAUUUUAUGUUCCAUGUUGAAUUUCUUUUAGGUUAUCCGUAUUAUGGCCAUUAUGGCGCAACAGCCGAUUGGCGCCAAGCUUACCACUACGGAGCUCACAUGUAUCUCCCUCAACAGUACUCGCAGUUCACAACAACAAUGCAGCACCCCCCGUAUAUGCCUUAUCAAUACCCAGGCCGGAAAUUAGAUUCAUCCAAAACGGACGAUCCCCACACCCCCACAAUAAACGCCGUGGUCCAACAAAUAACCCAAGAAUUGAAACAAAUUUUAAAGCGGGAUUUUAAUAAAAAAAUGGUCGAAUUCACCGCGUUCAAAAAGUUCGAAACGUGGUGGGAGGACGAAACCUCAAAAGAAAAGGGAAAAGAAAUCAAAAAAGACGAAAAUUCCACCGAUAAAUCGAACAAAGAUAAUAUUAAUAUAUUAUUAGAAGCGAAUCGUGAAAAUAUUUAUAGUAAUAUUAAUUUGGAAAGUAUCGGAAGCUUCGGGUUGGGUUUAAAAGCUUCCCUGCCGAAAAUGCCGAGUUUUCGGCGGAAAAAAGUUCCAUCUCCUGUUAUCGAGGAGGAAAACGAAGAAAUAGUCCUUUCGGAUUCAGAGCACGAAAAAAAGCAACCCGAAGCGGAAUUAAAAAGGGUCCGAAAAACCUCAACGAGCUCCUCAAGCUCAUCAAGCUCGUCGUUUAGUUCCGACGAAGAGAGUUCAUCGAGCGACGAAACCUCAGACUCGGAAUCAUCCGAGCACGAAGUCAAAAUAUGGAACGAGAAUAUCGGGACUCCCCCUGAAAGAACAACCCCCGUUCCAAACGAAUUAGAAUUAGCGGAGAGUAUCGAAACCAACUUAGAGAUCGUUAAGGAAAUCAUUCAAAAAGAGGAAUUUAAAAAGAUUACUUAUGAAAGUGAAAGCAGCGAUUUAAGUGAGGGUGAGAGGGAAUACUUGGAGAAGAGACGAAGGAAUACCGAGUGGAUGGAACAAAUUGAGAGGGAGAAAGAGGAGCGUUUGGAGAAAGAAAAAAGUUUUGAUGAAGAAAACAUCAAUUUAACGGAAGAAAUUAAAGUUGAAAAAAUGGAAAUUGACGAGGAAGUUAAAAAAGUUGAAAUUGAAACCAUCAACGGUGAUAAUAAAAGGGUUAAAACGUUAUCAGAGAGUUCUUCGGGGAGUCCCACAACGAUUCAAGUUACAAUGGAACAUUCUUAUUGUAUUCCGGUUAAAAAUGAUGGCCAAAAUGAGGAAAUUUCCGAUAUUUUAGAACACGAUCAUGGUUACUUAAAAGAUGAGGAAAAUAUAAACAAAGAGGUGACAAAAGAAAACGUUAAAGAAGCGAUUAAGUUGCCGAAAAAAAUAGAAAACAAUGAGAAAAAAUCGAAAGAGAAGAAAUCGAGAAAAAUAAAACAAAAAUUACCCCCAGAAAAAGAAAACAAAUACGACAACAUAAACAAUUACAUUGAAACCACUAAAAAUCAUCACUACCAAAUAACACCUCCAAAUAACACCCAAAAAUUAAUCCUUCACGAUACUAAAUUCGAAGAGCGCGAUAUCACCACGGAAAUGAAUAUACUUUAUGAAUUUUUAACGAAAGGUAUCGACUCAGAGGAUAUUGAGUAUAUGAGGACUGCGUAUGAGGCUAUGUUGGCGAACGAUUCUUUGGGUUAUUGGUUAAACGACACGCAUUGGGUCGAUCAUUGCGUAACGGAUUUGUAUUCGUGCCCCGCGCCGAUUAUUAAAAAGAAAAAGAAAGAUCAAGAGGUGCCACGAAGAGUGCACGCGUCGGGUUGUGCGAGAACUGAGGGUUAUUAUAAAGUUGCCGCGCAAGAAAAAGCCAAGUAUAAAUAUCAUCACGCGAAAUCGCACUCGAAUACAUCCCCGAAUGUUCCUGUUACGAAAAUGCAAGGGUUAUCAAGAGAAGCUAGAUCGAAUCAACGACGAUUAUUAACAGCUUUCGGUACAGAUACAGAUUCCGAUUUGCUCAAAUUUAAUCAAUUGAAGUUUCGUAAAAAACACCUCAAAUUCGCUAAAUCGGCCAUCCACGAUUGGGGUUUAUUCGCAAUGGAGCCGAUCGCCGCCGAUGAAAUGGUCAUCGAAUAUGUAGGUCAAAUGGUUCGGCCCUCUGUGGCUGAUUUAAGAGAAUCGAAAUACGAAGCAACCGGAAUUGGGAGUUCGUAUUUGUUCCGAAUCGAUUUAGAAACGAUUAUCGAUGCAACUAAAUGCGGGAAUUUAGCGCGGUUUAUUAACCACAGUUGUAACCCCAAUUGCUACGCUAAAGUGAUAACUAUCGAGUCGCAAAAGAAAAUUGUGAUCUAUUCGAAACAAAGUAUUGGUGUAAACGAGGAGAUAACUUAUGAUUACAAGUUUCCAAUUGAGGAUGAGAAGAUACCGUGUUUGUGUGGGGCCGCUACGUGUCGAGGGACGUUGAAUUAAAAAUUUUCUAUAUACAUUUUUUCGAUUUAACAAAUCUAAACAAUAAUUUAUU